CCUUAACGAAUAUUUAAACCUUAGUGUGCUGGUGAAAAAUGUAGGGUAAAGAGGACGAGGUCUCUUGCGAGUAAAGCGAUUUUUCUUUUCGCGUGGAAUCACUGGGUUUGAUUUAUAAUCGGAAUGCAAAAAUGUGCCCGUUGUUUUAAAAGUCAAGACGCCAUUAAACCUGAGGUCCGAUAUCUGAUAUAACUACGUCAUUUUUGCUCACGAGUGCAAUAUAAAGCGUUAAUAUAGUGGCAAACAACGCAGAGAAUAAGGAUACUUCAACAGAGGAAAAAGCUCAGCUAUAAGUUUGCUACUUUUGCAAGUCAGACCAAGCUAAGGUCAUAUCUUAAUCACUAGAAAGAGUUCAUAUCUUAAUUACUAGAAAGAGUUCAAAAAGAGGACAAAGUAAAAAGGAGAAACAAGCAAGAAGGGAAAAGUGUGGCGCUAUGCAGUCUUUGUUAGUCCUCAUCAUGCUAUGUCUGUUGGGAUGUUGCGGUGCAAUACGCAUCGAGGGAGCAGCGUGUAAUUGCAGUUGUGACCCCAAAGAUGGGCCAAUCCCUCCAGCAUUGGAACUAGAUCCCUGCACUCUGAGUUGCCAAACGUUAGCUCCUGGAGGAAAAUGCACAACGAAGCCAAGUUUUACAGUCGUCAACGGGGCCUGCGUUUCAGUUCCUUUUUGUUCUCAACAUUGCCAGACGUUAGAGCCUGGUGGCUCUUGUUCCGUGGAAGCGGGUUACGUCAUUGACAACAACGGCAUGUGUUACGACGUAAGGUUUUGCGUGGACAAAUGUCACGACUUCGCCGACCCCAAGGACUGCUCCAAGUACUAUCACUGUGAUGGGUACGAUGACGGUCGCCUGAGGAGUUGUCCAACCGGUCAGCUCUGGAAUCACGUGAACAAGAAAUGCGACAGGGCGGAUCUUGUUAUAUGCGACCGCGAUGCUACUCCUGCCCCGACAACAAAAUCUACAACAGCCUCGACAACAAAAAAUUCAAUAGCCCCGACAACAAAAGCUUCAACAGCCUCAACUUCCACAUCAACACCGACCACCACUCCUACCACGCGUCCUCCAUGCAACUUGCACUGCCAGUCGCUCAACCCAGACGGGACAUGCACGGUGGCGCCUGGAUAUCACGUAGUGUCCGGCAUGUGCCAAGAUUACACCUUUUGCAGGGGCAAGCCAAGCGGAUACUAUGCCGACCCAAAAGACUGCGCACAAUUUUACUUCUGCGACGGAUCAGCAGAGAGUCUAUUGUCAAGAUGUCCUAGAGGUUUGCUGUGGAGUGAGGUCAAGAAAACCUGUGACUAUCCACACCUGGUUGACUGCAGCCGGCCGACAACCCCGCCAGUAACAACAAAAUCUACAACAGCCUCGACAACAAAAUCUACAUCAGCCUCGACAAAAAAAUCUACAACAGCCUCAACUACCACAUCUACACCAACCACCACUCCUACCACGCGUCCUCCAUGCAACCUGCACUGCCAGUCGCUCAACCCAGACGGGACAUGCACGGUGGCGCCUGGUUAUCACGUAGUGUCCGGCAUGUGCCAAGAUUACACCUUUUGCAGGGGCAAGCCAAGCGGAUACUAUGCCGACCCAAAAGACUGCGCACAAUUUUAUUUUUGCUACGGAUCAGCAGAGAGUCUAUUGUCAAGAUGUCCUAGAGGUUUGCUGUGGAGUGACGUGAAGAAAACCUGCGACUAUCCACACCUGGUUGACUGCAGCCGGCCGACAACCCCGCCAGUAAUAACGAAAUCUACAACAGCCUCGACAACAAAAUCUACAACAGCCUCGACAACAAAAUCUACAACAGCCUCGACAACAAAAUCUACAACAGCCUCGAUAACAAAAGGUACAACUGCCUCAACUUCCACAUCAACACCGACCACCACUCCUAUCACGCGUCCUCCAUGCAACUUGCACUGCCAGACGCUCAACCCAGACGGGACAUGCACGGUGGCGCCUGGUUAUCACGUAGUGUCCGGCAUGUGCCAAGAUUACACCUUUUGCAGGGGCAAGCCAAGCGGAUACUAUGCCGACCCAAAAGACUGCGCACAAUUUUACUUCUGCGACGGAUCAGCAGAGAGUCUAUUGUCAAGAUGUCCUAGAGGUUUGCUGUGGAGUGUGGUCAAGAAAACCUGUGACUAUCCACACCUGGUUGACUGCAGCCGGCCGACAACCCCGCCAGUAACAACAAAAUCUACAACAGCCUCGACAACAAAAUCUACAUCAGCCUCGACAACAAAAUCUACAACAGCCUCAACUACCACAUCUACACCGACCACCACUCCUACCACGCGUCCUCCAUGCAACCUGCACUGCCAGUCGCUCAACCCAGACGGGACAUGCACGGUGGCGCCUGGUUAUCACGUAGUGUCCGGCAUGUGCCAAGAUUACACCUUUUGCAGGGGCAAGCCAAGCGGAUACUAUGCCGACCCAAAAGACUGCGCACAAUUUUAUUUUUGCUACGGAUCAGCAGAGAGUCUAUUGUCAAGAUGUCCUAGAGGUUUGCUGUGGAGUGACGUGAAGAAAACCUGCGACUAUCCACACCUGGUUGACUGCAGCCGGCCGACAACCCCGCCAGUAAUAACGAAAUCUACAACAGCCUCGACAACAAAAUCUACAACAGCCUCAACUAUCACAUCAACACCGACCACCACUCCUACGACGCGUCCUCCAUGCAACCUGCACUGCCAGAAGCUCAACCCAGACGGGACAUGCACGGUGGCGCCUGGUUAUCACGUAGUGUCCGGCAUGUGCCAAGAUUACACCUUUUGCAGGGGCAAGCCAAGGGGAUACUAUGCCGACCCAAAAGACUGCGCACAAUUUUAUUUUUGCUACGGAUCAGCAGAGAGUCUAUUGUCAAGAUGUCCUAGAGGUUUGCUGUGGAGUGUGGUCAAGAAAACCUGUGACUAUCCACACCUGGUUGACUGCAGCCGGCCGACAACCCCGCCAGUGACAACAACAAAAUCUACAACAUCCUCGACAACAAAAGGUACAACAGCCUCAACUACCACAUCUACACCAACCACCACUCCUACCACGCGUCCUCCAUGCAACCUGCACUGCCAGACGCUUAACCCAGACGGGACAUGCACGGUGGCGCCUGGUUAUCACGUAAUGUCCGGCAUGUGCCAAGAUUACACCUUUUGCAGGGGCAAGCCAAGCGGAUACUAUGCCGACCCAAAAGACUGCGCACAAUUUUAUUUUUGCGACGGAUCAGCAGAGAGUCUAUUGUCAAGAUGUCCUAGAGGUUUGCUCUGGAGUGAGGUCAAGAAAACCUGCGACUAUCCACACCUGGUUGACUGCAGCCGGCCGACAACCGCGCCAGUUCCAACAACAGUUUUGACCACCGCACCAACGACUAUGAUCCCUACUACAAGUCCGGCAUGCAAUCUCCACUGCCAGACCCUGCAGCCCGACGGAACAUGCAUACUGGCACCUAAUUUUGAUAUCGUGGGUGGCGUCUGUGUUGACAGGACAUUUUGCAGAGACAAGUCUGUUGGCUACUAUCCUGACCCAGGGGACUGUUCAAGCAACUACAUAUGCUACCCUCCGCAUGAAACCCUCCAUGCAACAUGCCCCGCUGGACUGCUUUGGAACCACAUCACCAAGACCUGUGACUGGCCCAGCAAUGUGGACUGCGACCGCCUCUCUUCAACACCAUCAACACCGACCACAGCACCUUAUUCAGGGUGUGAGCUGCACUGCCAAACGCUGAACCCAGACGGAUCAUGUACAGUUGUCCAAAACUUUGCGGUCGUUAACGCUAUGUGUGUCGACACCACGUUCUGCAAGGAUAAACCUAAUGGCUACUACGCCGACCCAAGGGACUGCUCCAGGUUCUACCAGUGCGAUGCUUUUCACAGGGCGUUCCUUCAUAGGUGUUCUCCUGGGCUUAAAUGGAGCAUCACGAAAACCACAUGUGACUGGCCACGAAAUGUAGACUGCGACCGUAAAACACCAACGCCUCCUUCCCCAACACCACCUACCACCACACCAAAACCAGCAUGCGACCUGCACUGUCAGACGCUGAACCCAGAUGGCUCAUGCACGGUGGCUCCCGGAUACGAAGUCGUCAACGGCAUGUGUGUUGACACCACUUUCUGCAAGGACAAACCCAAUGGUCACUACGCCGACCCAAGGGACUGCUCCAAGUUCUACCAGUGCGAUGCUUUCCACAGGGCGUUCCUUCAUAGGUGUCCUGCUGGGCUUAAAUGGAGCGUCAAGAAAACAGCCUGUGACUGGCCACGAUACGUAGACUGCGACCGUACAACAUCAACGCCUCCGACCCCAACAACACAUACACCAACAAUAAAACCUGCAUGCGAUCUGCACUGCCAGACACUGAAUCUGGACGGGACAUGUACAGUCAUGCCUAAUUACCAGGUCGUCAACGGCAUGUGUGUCGACACGACGUUCUGCAAGGACAAACCCAAUGGUCACUACGCCGACCCAAUGGACUGCUCCAGGUUCUACCAGUGCGAUGCUUUCCACAGGGCGUUCCUUCAUAGGUGUCCUGCUGGGCUUAAAUGGAGCGUCAAGAAAACUACAUGUGACUGGCCACGAUACGUAGACUGCGACCGAACCCCUACUACCUCAGGAACACCAACUAAACCUAUUCCGCUAUGCGAUUUGAGCUGCCUGACGUUAUAUCCCGAUGGGACGUACACCAUAGCACCAAACUACAAAAUCGUGGACGGCACGUGCGUUAAAAUUUCACCCACUUCAAUAACCCCUACAACGAAGCCAAGCUCGUUUUGCAAGCUGCACUGUCAAACGUUACGACCAGACGGGACAUGUACAGUCAUUUCGAAUUACCAGGUCGUCAACGGCAUGUGUGUCGACACCACGUUCUGCAAGGGUAAACCCAAUGGCCACUACGCCGACCCAAGGGACUGCUCCAGGUUCUACCAGUGUGAUGCCUUCCACAAAACAUUCCUUCAUAGGUGUCCUGCUGGGCUUAAAUGGAGCGUCAAGAAGACAGCCUGUGACUGGCCACGAUACGUAGACUGCGACCGUACAACAUCAACGCCUCCGACCCCAACAACGAAACCUGAAUGCGACCUGCACUGUCAGACGCUAAGCCCAGAUGGCUCAUGCACGGUGGCGCCUGGCUACGCAGUGGUCAACGGCAUGUGUGUUGAUACUUACUUCUGCAAAGAAAAACCCAAUGGCCACUACGCCGACCCAAGGGACUGCACCAGGUUCUACCAGUGCGAUGCUUUCCACAGGGCGUUCCUUCAUAGGUGUCCUGCUGGGCUUAAAUGGAGCGUCAAGAAAACAGCCUGUGACUGGCCACGAUACGUAGACUGCGACCGUACAACAUCAACGCCUCCGACCCCAACACCACUUACCCCAACAACAAAACCUGCAUGCGACCUGCACUGUCAGACGCUGAACCCAGAUGGCUCAUGCACGGUGGCGCCAGGCUAUGAAGUCGUCAACGGCAUGUGUGUUGACACCACCUUUUGCAAGGACAGGCCUCACGGGCACUACGCCGACCCAAGGGACUGCUCCAGGUUCUACCAGUGUGAUGCUUCCCACAAAACAUUCCUUCAUAGGUGUCCUGAUGGGCUAAAAUGGAGCGUCAAGAAAACCGCUUGUGACCUGCCACUUUACGUAGACUGCGAUCGUACAAUACCAACAGUAGCGACAGGUUUGCCUUCGCCUUCGCCAUCACCACCUACCCCCACACCAAAACCUGCAUGCGACCUGCACUGCCAGACGCUGAACCUUGACGGGACUUGCACGGUGGCAUCAGGGUACAAAGUCGUCAAUGAAAUGUGUGUUGAUACCUCCUUCUGUAAGGAUAAGACAAGCGACUAUUACCAUGACCCGCGAAACUGCUCCCGCUUGUACCAGUGUGACAUAUUCCAUAGAGCAUUUCUGAAGAGCUGCCCACACGGGCUGAAAUGGAACAUUGAGAAGAACGCUUGCGACCACCCGGUGAACGUCAACUGCAACAGGGAGGAAUAUGAUGGGAGGAACUUCUGCAUUGGCGAGGAGGACGGCCUGUACAAGCACCCAGACAAAUGCCAGCACUACAUCCACUGUACAGGCGGCGUGACGGAUGUGCGCACGUGUCCUAGUGGCCUCAAGUAUAACGAGAGAACAUGCGCAUGCGACUGGCCCGAGAACGUCGUCUGUCGAGUCACAUCUCUCUUUACCUGCAGGGAAACAAGAUGUGUUGUUUGAGGCUUCUCACCCGAUGAACAGACGAUAAUCAAUUGAAAACACGGUCAAUUAAAGCUUGAAGUUCAGAAGAUCCUAGAUCAUUACCAUCAAUUUCUUUCCAUCCCUAACAUAUCAUAUUGCUACUGCUUCAGACUGCCUGUAAACAAGAAACAAUUAGGUUUCCUUGGUUCUCAACGCCUUUUUGACGGGGGACAGCCGCAACAUAUAUCUCUUUAAAUAUACAAUAUUAAUAAUAAUAAUAAUAAUAAUAAUAAUAAUAAUAAUAAUGAUAAUGAUGAUGAUGAUGAUGAUGAUGAUGAUAAUGAUAACAAAAAACACCACGACUUUGUUUUAUCACGAAAUUUUGUCAAGGCCGUAUUUUUUUUAUAUUUUGUUCCGCCCUCGCCAUUAUCCGACAAUUUCAUUUCCUUACGGGUUUUUUCAUAGUCAUAUAGCUUCCUUAUUCAAAGAAGCUCAAUUAUCACCAUCUUCAAACUCUGGGCUAAUUUAAGACUUUAAAAAAGCCAAAAACUGCAAAUUUGAGUCGAAAAGUAUAAUUUACGUUCUUUAUUACUUGCAAUUAAAGGUAUAUCAAAUGCGGGGUAUAUGUUAUCAUUUAAGCGGUGUUUAAUUUCUUUAGUGGGAUGUUUAUAGCUUAUUCAGACUACACAUAAAUUUAGUGAAAAUUUAUAACUUGAAUAAAAAUAAGGAGCCACUCUUAAAUAAGCGAUAUUUUUUAAGGGAUAUUUUUUGCAGCGAAAUUUAAAAAAAAAACGAGCGAUGAUAUUGUACUAGUGCGCAAGUUGGUGCUUUUUCUAUAUAGAAAUUCAAAUUCAAAUAAAUUUGGAGUGGCCCUAAAUUCUGUAGUCUAGCUACAAGGGGAUGGAAGUAGAAAUCAGGACUGUAAGAUAUUUGUAAGAUAUCAUUAAGUGAAAUGAGUUGAAUCAUAAUAAUAUUGCUAAUCACAUA